GAGCCCUAAUUUCAGAGAGCUCCGAGUCAUUCUCGUCUCGACAAUACUCCGAUUCAAUUCCACCGUCGAAUUAGGAGAAAUUGGAGCUUCAAGAAAACUGAAAGCCCUAGAUGGCCGACUACGAAGGAAGGUACGACGGUAACGGAGAGGACGCUGACGGCUCCUCUCCCCAACCGCGGAGCACUAACCAUGGCGGUCUCGACGAUUACAGCGAUUCCAAAUCUCAGCAUUCCCGUGAUUAUGAGAGAGAAUCUUCAAAGAGUAGAGAAAAGGGGCGCGAUAAGGAGAGGGACAGAGAUCGGGAGAGAGACAGGGAUAGAGAGAGGGACAGGGAUAGAGGGAGAAGCAAGGAUAAAGAUAGAGAGAGGGACAGAGACAGGGGUAGGGAUAGGGAACGAGAAAGGGACAGAGACAGGGAUCAUGAUCAUCAUCACCGCCACAGGGAUCGUGAAAGGAAUGAGCGAAGGAGAGAUAAGGAUGAUGAUGAUGAUGAGGAUCACUACCGUAGCCGCGACCGUGAUAGGCGGAGGGAUUAUGACAGAGACAGGGAGGAUAGGCAUAGGCGCAGAUCUCGUUCCAUGGGUAGGUCUGAGCAUAAAUCCAGAUCAAGGUCGCGUUCACGCUCACGUUCCAAAAGCAAAAGAAUUAGCGGUUUUGACAUGGCGCCUCCUGCUUCUGCACUAUUAUCUGGUGCUGCUGUUCCUGUGACAGGCCAGAUUCCUGGAGCUACUCCAACCAUUCCUGGGAUGUUCCCAAACAUGUUCCCUUUGGCGACUGGCCAGCAGUUUGGAGCACUUCCAGUUAUGCCUGUGCAGGCAAUGACUCAACAGGUUGGCAUUAUUGCUACUAGGCAUGCCCGGAGGGUGUACGUUGGAGGGCUUCCCCCUACAGCAAAUGAACAGUCGGUUGCUACAUUUUUCAGCCAUGUAAUGCAUGCUAUUGGAGGGAACACUGCUGGCCCAGGAGAUGCUGUUGUCAAUGUUUACAUCAACCAUGAAAAAAAAUUUGCCUUUGUGGAGAUGAGAUCUGUGGAAGAGGCCAGCAAUGCAAUGGCUUUGGAUGGGAUUAUUUUCGAGGGUGCCCCUGUUAAGGUUAGGAGACCUAGUGACUACAACCCAUCUCUUGCUGCAACACUUGGUCCAAGCCAGCCCAGUCCAAAUCUGAACUUGGCUAAUGUCGGCCUGACACCAGGUUCUGCUGGUGGCCUUGAGGGACCUGAUCGCAUUUUUGUUGGUGGUCUACCCUAUUACUUUACAGAAGUACAGAUCAAGGAGUUGCUCGAGUCUUUUGGACCCCUCCGUGGUUUUGAUCUAGUGAAAGAUAGGGAAACAGGAAACUCAAAAGGAUAUGCCUUUUGUGUUUACCAAGAUCUUUCAGUUACCGACAUAGCCUGUGCAGCACUGAAUGGGAUUAAAAUGGGAGACAAGACCCUCACGGUCAGGCGUGCUAAUCAAGGUGCCAACCAGCCAAAACCUGAGCAAGAGAGUGUUUUGUUGCAUGCACAGCAGCAAAUUGCAUUGCAGAGGUUCCUGUUGUUGCAACAGCCUGCUUCGGUGGCCACCAAAGUUGUAUGCUUAACACAAGUAGUUACAGAGGAUGAGCUGAAGGAUGAUCUUGAGUAUGAAGACAUAGUGGAAGAUAUGAAGCAAGAGGGCGAGAAAUUUGGUUCACUUGUGAGCGUCAUCAUUCCACGUCCACGACCAGAUGGUCAACCCUCACCUGGAGUUGGAAAGGUGUUUUUGGAGUAUGCGGAUGUUGAUGGUUCCACAAAAGCCCGUACAGGGAUGAAUGGCAGGAAAUUUGGUGGGAAUCCAGUUGUGGCAGUGUUUUAUCCGGAGGACAAGUUUACCCAGGGUGACUAUGACGCUAGUAGCUAGCCCCUUUGUAUUAACUUAAAGAUUGUCUGAAUUAUUUGUUUCUUCCCAGUUAUUUGCUGUAGUGGGAUCUUUGUAGCCUAGUGUAUAACUAGGAUGAACAUGAUGCAGUUUUGCACAUUUACAAAUCAAUUGGGUGACGGUUAUAAAUUUGCUCUUUUAUUUA